GACUUUAAUACAUAUGCCUACUAUCGAACCCAUGUCUACUUAAACAAUUCUAAUUCUACUUCGGUUUUCAAUUUUAUCCAACGCUUUAUUACAAAUGAAGGUAAAACGCAUACUGCUUUGUUAAAUAGUCAUCGAGUUGCAGUCAAAAUAACUCUUGAAUUUUCAUUUAUGUUUUAUGGAUAUCCUACUCAUGAAAUAUCACUAGCUACAGGAGGUUUUCUAUAUAUGGGCAAUAUUCAUCAUAAUCAUUUAACUUACUCUCAAUAUAUUGCGCCUUUAAUGGCUGAUUUUGACGUCUCGAAACAGCCAGGAAUUUCAAUGAUUAAAUAUGUGACUAACCCAAAUGUAUUUAUUUCUCAAUGGAACAACGUCAUUCUAAAGCACUGUUCUAAAAGUGAGUCCACUUUUGCUUUUAUCUACCGAUGGAUUAUUCAGUUGGGGAAGGAGCCCAGUUCUCAGAAGGACGUUGUUGUGGGCAUUUCGGAUGCAUAUCUUUAUAAUUUUAAAGGUAAAGGUAUACAUUUCAAAAAUUUUAUUUUUUUUGCAAAUGCAGGAAUAUAUUGCUUAGUGUAA